ACUCUUGGCUGGCUAGAGCGACUCCGAGUCGGGGGUGGGGGAGCCCGAGCCGGCGCGCGGAGGCUUCGGUUCUGGCUGCUGCGGUGCUUCGCCUCCGACCUGGAGCAGCCCGGCAGUGCCCAUGGAGGCAGAAGACGUCGCCCGAGGGGCGGCCCCAGGGCCCCCCCGACCCAGCCUGGUGCCCGUCAGCAUCAUCGGGGCAGAGGACGAGGAUUUUGAGAUUGAGUUGAAGACGAAUCCCGAGGAACAAAACAACCAGUUCCAGAACCUGGAUCAGGUGAAGCGGCGCCCGGCCCACCUCAUGGCCCUCCUGCAGCACGUGGCCAUGCAGUUUGAGCCGGGACCCCUGCUCUGCUGCCUGCAUGCGGACAUGCUGGGCUCCCUGGGCCCCAAGGAGUUCAAGAAAGCCUUCAUCGACUUCUACCACAGCUUCCUGGAUAAGCACUCGAUCCUGCGAGUGAUGGUCCCUCCUGCUGUGGCCUUUGAACUUGACCGCACGCGGCCUGACCUCUUCCCUGAGGACCUCCAGCGGCAGUUCGUGCAGGAGGUGGUGCAGAGCCAGCAGGUAGCCGUGGUCCGGCAGCUGGAGGACUUCCGCUCCAAGAAGCUCAUGGGCAUGACACCCUGGGAGCAGGAGCUGGUCCAGCUGGGGGCCUGGGUGGCGCGGGACCGUGCCAGCUACGAGGCCCGGGAGCGGCACCUGGCUGAGCGGCAACUGACCCACCUGGAGGAGAUGCAGCACACCAUCUCUAACGAUGAGGAGAAGAGUGCCGCCGUGGUCAACGCCAUCAGCCUGUACAUGCGGCACCUUGGGGUGCGGACCAAGAGCGGGGACAAGAAGUCCGGGAGGAACUUCUUUCGGAAAAAGAUGAUAGGGAACCGGCGGUCAGAUGAACCGACCAAGACCAAGAAAGGCCUGAGCAGCUUCCUGGAUGCCGCCCGCUGGAACCGGGGAGAGACCCAGGAUAUUCGAAACCCGAAGGUCGAGGUUGAUGCUGAGAAGCCGGGCCUUACAGAACGUAAGGGAGGUCAGGGGGCGCCUUCCCGGGACCGGAAUCUUGGAGGCCCUGGGCAGGACAGCCCCGGAGUUUCUCCGCAUCCUCUGUCUGGGGACAGCCCUGACCGGGAGCCAGGUGUUGAUGCCCUCCUGGAGGUGGGGGACCCGCCUCCGCAGGGCCCAGCCAGCCUGGACGCCCCAGCGCCGCUAGAGAGCACGGAGGAGGCUGCGGACACAGAGAGGCUGUCAGGGCGUCUGGGGCGCUCAGAGAGCCUGCGGGUGAGUGACCGCCGCCGGCCUUCCCGGGGUAGCCUCGGGGCUAAGGGCCGGGGUGGGGGCCGCUCCCGGAGCGACGUGGACAUGGACCCCAGCUCCGCCACGGCCGUGCUUGGCCCUACCCGUCGAGCCACCCCGGAGCCUGCAGACGAGGGAGAGCCGGGCCGCUCAGGACUGGAGCUGGAACCGGAGGAGCCGCCUGGCUGGCGAGAGCUUGUCCCCCAGGACAUUCUGCACAGCCUGCCCAAGAGCCAGGUGAAGCGGCAGGAGGUCAUCAGCGAGCUCCUGGUGACGGAGGCUGCCCAUGUGCGCAUGCUCCGCGUGCUCCACGACGUCUUCUACCAGCCCAUGGCGGAAGGGGGCUUCUACUCCCAGGAGGAGCUCCAGAAUAUCUUCCCCAGCCUGGACGAGCUCAUCGAGGUGCAUUCCCUAUUCCUUGAUUGCCUGAUGAAGCGGAGGCAGGAUAGUGGCUACCUCAUCGAGGAGAUCGGAGAUGUGCUGCUGGCCCGGUUCGAUGGUGCUGAGGGCUCGUGGUUCCAGAAGAUCUCCUCCCGCUUCUGUAGCCACCAGUCGUUCGCCUUAGAGCAGCUCAAAGCCAAACAGCGCAAGGAGCCCCGGUUCUGUACCUUCGUGCAGGACGCUGAGAGCCGGCCCCGGUGCCGCCGGCUGCAGCUGAAGGACAUGAUCCCCACGGAGAUGCAGCGUCUGACCAAGUACCCGCUGCUUCUGCAGAGCAUCGGGCAGAACACAGAAGAGUCGGUGGAACGGGAGAAAGUGGAGCGGGCGGCGGAGUGUUGCCGGGAAAUUCUGCAACACGUCAACCUUGCCGUGCGGGACAUGGAGGACCUGCUGCGGCUCAAAGAUUAUCAGAGGCGUCUGGAUUUGACCCACCUGCGGCAGAGCAACGACCCCAUGCUGAUCGAGUUCAAGAGCCUAGACAUCACCAGGAAGAGGCUGAUCUACGAGGGCCCACUGACGUGGCGGGUGACGAAGGACAAGGCUGUGGAGGUCCACGUGCUGCUGCUGAAUGACCUGCUGCUGCUGCUUCAGCGCCAGGACGAACGGCUCUUGCUUAAGUCGCACAGCCGGACGCUGACACCCACGCCCGAUGGCAAGACCAUGCUGCGGCCAGUGCUGCGGCUCACCUCCGCCAUGACUCGCGAGGUGGCCACCGAUCACAAAGCCUUCUAUGUCAUUUUUACCUGGGACCAGGAGGCCCAGAUAUACGAGCUGGUGGCGCAGACGGUGUCCGAGCGGAGGAUCUGGUGUACCCUCAUCACCGAGACCGCUGGAUCCCUGAAGGUCCCCGCCCGCACCUCCAGACCCAAACAUCGGCCUGGCCCCAGCAGCACCCGCGAACCCCUGCUUAGCAGCUCCGAAAACGGCAAUGGCAGCCGAGAGAUGCCCCCGGCGGAUGGUCGGAUGGAGAGACUCUUCAACUCCCUCCUGCCCUUCUCCAGACAAGGCCUCGAGGGCCAGCUCGCCACCAAGGCCCUUCAGAAAGUGCUGACCCUGAAACAGCUCCUGUUGCCUUCAGAGGAAGACAGCGGGGCAGGGCCUCCCCUCGAAGGGGAUGGGGUCCCAGGGGGCAGCCCCUCGACCCCAGCACAGCCCCAGGAAAUUCGGGAGGAGCUGCUCAGCCUGGAGGAGACCAUUAAACAGCUGGAGGAGGUGGAGGAGGAGUUUUGCCGCCUGAGACUCCUCCUGUCUCAGCUUGGGGAGAACACCGUCCCCCAGUCUGGCUGUACCUGAGGUCCCCUGCCCCAGGCAGGUCUUUCACAAGAAGGAGCGGGCCACCCACCACUGCACCACCGGGACUACCCAGUGUCUCCAACCCCAGGGGCCUGAGGAGAGGGAGCCGGGCUGCCCCAGGCCACGCCUUGUGGGGGUGGGGGGCGCCCAGAUGGG